GUCACCCGGGCAAAAGCAAUCUCAAGGGUGCGGCUUAUCGGCACAAAGCUGUGUCUAGUUCCGGGGGACGGGAUUUCGGGGGACGGGAGGCCGUGAAACGGUCUUGCCCUGUCGAUUGCUUGGAGUUGGACCAGCAAUGUGGCUUUUGGGGGCUACGUCGAAGGGAUCAUCUCAUUUCAUGUUGUUCCGCCCCUCGGAGGCCGGGGUUUUCUCAUUCAGUUUGCUGCAGGCCAUGAUGCGGUAGGUAAGCACGGGCAGUAUUUCCGUUUCCAAGGAGAGGAUCCUCUCUCGCGCAGUCAUGGAAAGAACCACCUGACCUUCUUCUCUCGUUCUUCUCCAGUCCAUACUCCUGAGGACCGCUGGCUUGCACUCUCGUGACGCCCCUGCCCUUUGCUUUGUGCAACAUGGGAUACGAUCUCUGGGGGGCGGUAGUUGUGUCUUUGGCGUUUACGCCAACGUCACUGGCUGACUUGUUCUGGUCCGGCUACGAAAAUUGCCCGCUGCCAUGUCACGUCGUUGGCCAUAAUCCCAGCAACUGGACACAAUAUCACACCGUCAGCGACCUUGACUGGUGCCGGGAACAGUUGCUGUUCGACUUGGGGCUGCACAACCCGCUCGACGAGCCCGGAAACAGUCAUAUCACCAUCCGGUCUUGCGCCGUGACUGACGCUAGUCACACCGAGACUCCGAGUCGCAGUCUGGUCUCCCUACUGGGCGGACAGGAGGUCUGGGCCAUUAACAACACCGAGUCAGCGAGUCACCGCAACUCUUCACAAACCGCCGCAUGUGGAAGCUCGUUAUCUGCACUGGAGCGUAGCUCGGUCAAUGUCCGCAUCGCCUGGGGAGGUCCCCCCGAUAACACAGACGCGCGGGACACGGCGGCAGCGACCGAGAAUUUGAUGCGCUACCUCGAGGCGGAGCCCAACUGCGCAUCUACCAUUGUGUUUGCCAAGGCGGGCCAAGCUGUGGUCGGGCUGUACGUUGGUUCCCAAAUCGAAAAGGCCGGCGCCGCCAGCAUCGUGAAGGAUGCCUUCGCGGCCAGAACCAGCGCCGGCAAGGUGCCCAUCCGCGUCGGUGCUCAGAUCUGCGGGCCAGAGCCUUACAGGGCCCAGACCUUUGGCAUCUACGCAGACAACAAGGGCAACAUUUCGGCGGUGCAGGCCGUCGUCCGGGACUGGAGCACGGGCAUCUGCUUCUCGGAAUUUGACCAGGAGGAGGUGCUGGAGGGCACGGCCGUCGGCACCUUGUCUGCCAUUAUGGACGAGACAAGCGUCACGGUCAACAGCCCGGACAGCAAUGGCGAACAUGAACGCAAGAGGGAGCCUCAGAAGCUCCAUAGUCGAGCCACAUGCAGCUACGCUCAGCCAGACCCCGGCGACGGCUGCUGGGCACUCACGCAAAAGUGCAAAAUCUCGCAGGCCGACCUCAUCAGGUACAACGGGGGCAAGUCGGACUUCUGCAGCACCCUCAAAUCUGGCCAAUACGUGUGUUGCGGGCCGGGCACCCUGCCCGACUUCUCGCCGCAGCCCAACCCAGACGGGUCGUGCAAGAGUUACACGGUCAAGGCCGAUGACACGUGCGCCACCAUCGCCGCGGCAAACCAGAUUUCAAACUACACCAAGCUUGAGGAGGUCAACAAGCAGACGUGGGGCUUUGCAGGCUGCCGCUACAUCCAGCCCGGCCAGUACAUCUGCCUCAGCAGCGGCGAUCCGCCCAUGCCCGCCCCCGUUACCGACGCUGUCUGCGGACCCCAGGUGCGCGGGACCGUGAGACCGACCAACGGGACCAAGCUCGCCGACCUGAACCCGUGUCCCCUCAACGUGUGCUGCAACAUCUGGGGCAACUGCGGGCUCAGCAGCGACUUUUGCGUCUAUGCCCCGGCCGACACGGGGGCGCCGGGAACGUCCAAACCCGAGAUCCACGGGUGUGUCUCCAACUGCGGCAUGGACAUUGUCCAUUCGCCCAACAAGCCCCAAGAGUUCCGCAUCGUGGGCUACUUUGAGUCCUGGAACAAGCAGAGACCGUGCCUGAACAUGGACGUUUCCAAACUCGUGCACCCCGAGGUCAAACCCCCCGCCGCGGCUCAUGCCAGGUACACUCACAUCCACUUCGCCUUCCCGGACAUCACGCCCCAGUUCACGGUCGAUGUCAGCAAGGUCCAGGACCAGUUUGACAGCUUCAAGACACUGUCGGGCUUAAAGAAGAUUGUGUCGUUUGGCGGAUGGGACUUUAGCAACUACAAAGACUCGUACGCCAUCUUCCGCACCAUGGUGGCCACCGAGGUGAACAGGCAGAAGGCGGCGCGGAAUGUCAUCCGCUUUCUGACCGAGCACAAUCUUGAUGGCCUGGAUUUUGACUGGGAAUACCCCGGGGCUACCGACAUUCCUGGAACGCCAGAAGGCUCGCCUGAUGAGGGAGCAAACUAUCUCAAGUUCCUGAGGACGGUGCGCAACUCGCUGCCCGCGGGCAAGACCUUGUCCAUCGCCGCGCCCAGCUCGUUCUGGUACCUCAAGAACUUCCCCAUCAAGGACAUAUCCGAGAUCCUCGACUACAUCAUCUACAUGACGUACGACCUGCAUGGCCAAUGGGACGCCGACAACAAGUGGGCGAGUCCCGGGUGUCCGACGGGCAACUGCCUGCGCCACCACACCAACAAGACCGAGGUCGAACUGUCGCUCGCCCUCAUCACCAAGGCCGGCGUGCCGUCGCACAAGGUGGUCGUCGGCAUGCCGCUCUACGGCCGCAGCUUCAAGAUGGCCGAAAAGGGGUGCACGGGACCGGACUGCCUCUUCCUCGGCGACCGUUUCAACUCGCAAGCGGCCAAGGGUGCAUGCACAGACACGGCCGGCUACAUCUCCAACGUCGAGAUCCGGGACGUUAUCAACAGCAACGCCCACUCAGAUUUGUACGGCGAGCGCAUGGUCCGGGAGAUUGCCGACGAGGCAGGCGACAUCGUCGUCUACGACGACACCGAGUGGGUGUCGUGGAUGAAGCCCUCCACCUACCUCACACGCGCCGGUGACUACGAAAAAGGCAACUUUGGCGGCACGUCAGACUGGGCCAUUGACCUCAACUUUGACUUUGGCAAAGACGGCCGUGACGACAAGCCGUACGACGAGGACGCCGAGAGCCAAGAGCCGACGUGCGACUACGACCGCACCUUCAACGACCUCGAGGACCUCAAGAACAACGCCGGCGGGUUGAGUUUGUACUGUAGGCAGAUAUACGCCUUGCAGGUGCUGGAGAAGAUGUUGGGCAAUCUGUAUGCCGAGUAUAACAGCGUCAACAAUGGCUACGACUCCAAGUUUGCGGCCUAUGUUCGCUACAUCAAUCGCAUCACGCCCUAUGCCAUUAACGAUUUCAUGACGAACAAGGAUGGACUGAAAUUACCACUAGACUUCAACUGCGUCAAGGAUCCCCCAAUUGGGCCCUCGAAAUCGGGGCAGUGCUUUGAUUUCAGCGAGGCCGAGCGCAACGAAGGGACAUUUGACAUGACAAUUACAUUGCGAGACCGCGAGGGCUUCUUCACGGACCUGCUCAGCAAGACGGGCGUGGCCGAGGAGUGGAUCAACUUCAACGGCCACGAGCGAGACCUUGUCUACUGCAGCGCGCCGGCACAGGGCUCGCACAUGUGCAGCCCGGCCUCGGGGCUGCGCGACUGGUACGGGUGGCCGCAAAAGAACGACCACAUUGACGUGCCCAACCCCAAGGACAUCAUCACCAAGACGUUGGGCAAUAUCGCCGAUCUCCGGCUCAGCCUCGUCACGACGAAAUGGGAGAUCAUGAUGGGCGGCUGGAACGGCGACGUCGACGACGUGCUCCAGGUCAUGUCGGUGCCCAUCUUCAUGCUGGCCGAGGCCGUCGAGGGCAUGAAGCAGGCAAAAGAGAUGGGCGAGGACGAGGAGAAGUGGGAGGAUGAGCAGGCGCGCAACAAGGCCAAGCAGCUGAUUCUGACCAUCAUCGGCGCCGUGCUCUUCGUCGUGCCCUUUGUCGGCGAGGUCGGCGCCGUGCUUGCCGGCGCCAGCACCCUGGCCCGGUUUGCUCUUAUCGCGGGCGAGACGGCCAACCUGGCCUUUGGCAUUUACGAGAUGGUUGACAACCCCGAUUCGGCCAUCAUGGGCGUCUUGGGCAUGAUGUUUGGGCUCGGCAGCAUUGCCAAGGUUCCCAAGACCCCCCAGGGGUUCAAGGAAAUGGCUGGUGUGCGGGCGGGCUUGAGAAAUAAUGGCGGCGUCAGCAAAAUUGGAGGCAAUUUCCAAAAGUGGGACGACCAGCUCCAGGACAUUAUUAAGUUCUGUCGGACUUGA